AAAGAGCAUGAGGUCAGACAGAUAGACAGAGCAUCCUGGAGAGGAAGAGGACAGGACAGACCAAUCAAAUGCAGUGACAUCUUUAAACCCUUACCUGUAGGCCUAUAUCCACGGGUAGUAUUGACAAAGGGAGUGGCAGGCAUUGGAAAAACCGUGUCUGUGCAGAAGUUCAUUCUGGACUGGACUGAAGGAGAAACCAAUCAGGACAUUAAUUUCAUUUUUCCUCUUCCUUUCCGAGAGCUGAACCUGAUGAAGGAUACAAAACUCAGUCUGGUGGAGCUUAUUCAACGCUUUUUCACACAAAUGAAAGAUCUGAAAGUGCUCUCCAGUUCUGAGACCAAAACUCUGUUCAUCUUCGAUGGUCUGGAUGAGUGCAGACUGCCUCUCGAUUUCCGCUCCAACCCGAGGUGUUGUGAAGUGACAGAGCCAGCCUCAGUAGAUGUACUUCUGACCAACCUCAUCAUUGGGAACUUACUUCCCUCUGCUCUCGUCUGGAUCACCACCCGACCAGCAGCAGCUGGUCAGAUCCCUGCUGAGUGUGUGGACCAGGUGACAGAAAUUAGGGGGUUCAACGACCCACAAAAAGAUGACUACUUCAAGAAGAGAAUCAGUGAUGAGAACCUGGCCAUGCGAGUCAUCAACCACCUGAAGUUAUCCAGAAGCCUUUACAUCAUGUGCCACAUUCCAGUUUUCGCCUGGAUUUUGGCCACUGUUGCAGAGAAAACAUCAGAGAGAGGAGAAAUGCCAAGGACUCUCACUCAGAUGUACACUCACUUCCUGAACAUUCAGACUUGCAUCAAGAAAGAGAAAUACACAGAGAGAAGAGAGACAGAUGAAGAGAUGGUUUUGAAACUGGGGAAACUGGCUUUCCAACAGCUGGAGAAGGGCAAUCUGAUCUUCUAUGAGGAAGACCUGAGGGAGAGUGGCAUUGAUGUCACAGAAGCAUCUCUGUACUCAGGAGUGUGUACACAGAUCUUCAGAGUGGAGGCGGGGCUGUGCCAUGGGAGAGUGUUCAGCUUUGUGCAUCUGACCAUCCAGGAAUUCCUUGCAGCAUUAUAUGUGUUCCUCUGCUUCUGCAACAGUGCCAGAAAUGAACCACACCAAAGUGAACCCUCUCAGCUCUCCGCUCUGUUCAGAGCUGCAACACUUGAAGACCUACACAAGACUGCAGUGGAUCUGGCCUUGCAGAGUGAGAACGGACACCUGGACCUUUUCCUCCGCUUCCUCCUUGGCCUCUCACUGGAGUCCAAUCAGAAGCUCUUAAGACACUUACUGCCACAGACCAAUAGCCAACCACAGAGCUUAGAGCAAACAGUGCAGUAUGUCAAGAAUAAGAUCAGACAUGAGUCAGAGUCUGAGUCAGAGUCUAAUAGAAAGAUCAACCUGUUCUACUGCCUGAAUGAGCUUAAUCAGCAUGCAGUAGUGGAGCACAUUGACAGGAGCUCAGGAGAGCUGACUGUAGAGAUGCUCUUACCAGGCAGGUGGAAGACUAGUGAGUUUAGGUUUGAGUUAUCAGAAGAGCAGCUGGAUGGGUUUGACCUGCAGAAGUACAUAAAGACACCAGAAGAGGAUCUGACUGACCUCCUCAGCCCAGAUGACGUCCUCAAGAAGCUGGUGCCAGCAGUGUCAUCAGCACUGCUGCGGAAGUGUUCCCUCACAGAUAAGAGUUGUGCAGCAAUAUCAGCUGCUGCCAGAUCAACCCCCUGCUGUUUGAAGACUCUUGCCCUCUCUUGGAAUAGUAUUCAUGACACAGGAGUUCAGCAUCUCUCAGAACUCCUCAAGGAUCCUCAAUGCAAACUGGAGACACUAGAGUGA